AUGAAUAAAUUAAAAUAUUUCAUCCUUCUUUUCACCAUCUUGACGCUCCUCAAUAUAUCAACCACCUUUGCGAAUCAAUAUAAACAUACUGUAAUCUACACUACAACAGUGACAACUAAAUGUCCUCCAAAAACUACAAGAACUCGGAAAACAUUGAAAACUUCAUGUUCUCCAAAACCUACAACUCCGAAAACAUCGAAAACUUCAUGUUCUCCUAAAUCUACCGCCACCCCAAAAAAAUUGAAAACUUCGUGCUCUCCUAAAUCUACAGAAACUCCGAAAACUAAAUCUACAGAAGCUCCGAAAACUAAAUCUACAGAAACUCCGAAAACUAAAUCUACAGAAACUCCGAAAACUAAAUCUACGAAAACUAAAUCUACAGCAACUAAAUCUACGAAAACUAACUCUACAGCAACUAAAUCUACAGCAACUGCAUCAAAUGGAUGUGGGCCAAAACAUGAAAAUAAGAAAUGUCCCGAUAAUGCUUGUUGCUCAAAAGAUGGAUUCUGCGGGGAUGAUGUUUCCUUUUGUGGAGUAGAAUGUCAAUCAGAAUUUGGUCAUUGUUUUCCUGCCUCAACCGAUUCGACAUGUGGCGCAAAGACUAACACAACAUGUCCUUUUAAUGAUUGUUGUUCACAAACAGGAUUUUGUGGAUCUACUCAUGAAUACUGCGUACCCAAUUGUCAAAAAGGUUACGGAUUCUGUGGUACCUUUAAUGAUGGUCUUCAAGUCAUAAAUACUUGCACCGUAAAGAAUUCAAUCGCUCUCACUUUUGAUGAUGGUCCAAGACAAAUUACGAAUAUACUUUUAGAUAAAUUGAAAAAGCAUAACAUAAAAGCGACGUUCUUUGUUAAUGGUAAUACAGGAGAGAAAGAUUCCUGCAUCUAUGACAAUGCCGAAACCCUACAACGUGCAUUCCUUGAAGGUCAUCAAAUUGCGGCUCAUACUUGGUCUCAUCCUAGUCUUGGAUCACUCAGUAAAGAAGAAAUUAUUUAUCAAAUCGAUUACCUUGAAGUAGCAUUUAAAAAAAUUCUUGGUACUGUCCCUACAUAUUUCCGACCUCCUUUUGGUACAGGAAUAAAUGUUGUUGACCUUCGUAAUGAAUUAAUAAAGAGAAAUUACAUAGUUGCAUUAUGGGAUGUUGAUACCCGAGAUUGGGCUGAAGCUUCAGUGAAAGACAGUGAAAACCUUUUUUCACAAGGUACUAGCGAUGGACUACCACGCAUUAGUUUGAGUCACGAUAGAAUAAAUACUACAGUUGGACCAUUAGCAGAUUUUGAAAUUAAAUUUUCUCUCGAAAAAUCUUAUAAACCAAUGACUUUAGCUGAAUGUAUUGGAAAAGAUGAUAUAAAAGAUUGGUAUAGAAAUCCUCCAAAGUUUGGCAAAAGAGAUGAAACUUGGAAGUGUACUGAAGGAGAUACUCAUAGAAUAAUUUAA